GCCGCCAGGCUCCUCCUCCUCGGCCAGCGGGUCCGUCAUGGCCACCAAGUAAGUUCCGGGUAGAGGAGGAGGAAGCGCCGGCCUGCGGCCACCCCCGGCACGGCCACCCGCAUGGAGCCCAAUCUGCGCUUCGGGAUCUCGGAACGCCAAUCUUUUUUUCGAAGAUUUCUUCAGUGGAUGGAUUUAUUAGAUCCUGUAAAUCUGUUUAUUUCCAUUGGAAGCAUAGAAAAAUCGAGACAACUGUUGUUCACCACUGAAGAUGCAUCCAAACACUACCUGGACAACCGAAGGAUUAAAGAUGCAUGGAAUAGGAGUCUUUCAACUGUGCACCCUGACAGCAGCAAGCUGAUCCCUACUCUGUUCCGACCUGCAGCUUUCCUGCCUGUGACAGCACCCGUGGUGAUUAUGUCAAUGAUGCCAGCCAAGGGGAUGAACUCCAUGGUUUUACCUCAGGUUUGCUUGUACGGUUACAACACAGCCUUCACCAUCACCAAUGGGAAUGCCAGUUAUAGACUGGGAUCAAUUGAAAAAGCGUUGUUGGGAGUAGGAGUGUUCGCUUCCUCAGUCUUCUUUGGAUUAAUCCCUCAUAUGGUCCAAAUGAAGUAUCCCCUGGAAAACUUUUGGCUCAAAAAAGCCUUGCCAGUCGUCUUUCUCGCCCAAGUCAGUGGAAUGAAUGUUUUUGCGUGCCGAAGUUUUGAGCGUGUUCGAGGGAUUGAGGUGAUGGACAAGGAGGGCCGUGUCAUAGGCUAUUCCAGAAAAGCCGGAAGAAAGGCUGUUAGAGACACAGCAAUCUCCAGGGCAGUGCUGUUUGGGACCUCAGCCUUGGUUCCUGAAGUCACCAUCUACUUCCUUAAAAGGACCCAGUUUUUCCCACUAACUCCAUUGUCAUUAAAGAUGGCAAGGGUGAGUUUUACUCUCCUGAUAAUGGGACUGAUGGUGCCGGCAUCAUUUGGCAUGUUUCCACAAGUGGGACAGAUCCAGUGCAGUAAGCUUGAAGAGGAGAUUCAGUCUUCCACGGAAGAAACAGAACUGUUCUAUAACAGAGGGGUAUAGGUGUGAGUUUGGCUCUUGUUUGGAAACCUUUGGCCCCUCGGGGUUUAGUUCCCAGCUCUGCCGAUGCAGCAGGCUGGCUUCAAGGCCACUGUGGCCAGGACUUCGAGGCUGGCUUCAGGGCCUACUGUGGCUAGGGCUUUGAGGCUGACUAGAAGAGCCACUGACACCCCAGGGACUGCUGGGGGGUGGCAGGUGAGGUGAGAAUCAGCCUGGGAAAGGACAGUGUGAAACUACUAAUAAACUUGUCUCAAGUUGAGUACUUGAAAAAAAAUAAAGGCAAAGGAUGCACCUGCCCUGGA